CUCAUGCUCCCGCCCCGGCUCCGACGCACGCGCAACCUCAUGAGACCGACAGCAUGGCUCGCCCAAAGCAAAGCCAUUGCGAGCAUGGCGCUUUCCCAGAGAUCUGUUCGCGCACUGGACCGCCUCCGCACAUAUACGCCUCCGCCAACGCAAUGGUAUAAUUGCCCCCUUACCAGACGCGCCGCCGUCCUCAUAUUGCUCUUUCCGGACCGUCAUGGCGAGCUCAAGGUGGUCCUUACGAUGCGAAGCGCGCAGUUGCGCAACUACGCAGGACAAGCUGCGCUGCCUGGAGGCAAAGCUGACACACUCGACGAAUCUCCAUGGGACGUCGCGCGUCGCGAGGCUGACGAAGAAAUCGGUCUUCCUAUGAACGACGACAAACUUCGGGGUUUUACCGUUGAACACCUUUGCGAACUUCCCGCAAAUCUGGCCAAGACUGAACUUGGGGUGCGGCCCUGCGUUGCCUUCUUGCGCCCUACCCACGUAUCUGCUUCCUCCGAGGCGAGUGGCCUUUCUGUUGAAGAGAAGCUUAUGCCGCGACUCGAUCCCAGAGAAGUUGCUGCUGUUUUCACGGCGCCGUUCCAUAAUUUCUUGCGCAAGGAGUGGGACGGUGAAGGUCCACCCCCAGUCCAGAAAGACGGCAGGCCUGAAAAGUGGUAUCGAGGUUCAUGGACAGACUGGCACGAAUCACGCUGGCGAAUGCACAACUUCUACAUGCCACGGCCUCCUCCAUCUCCAUCCUUGCUACGCAAUCCCUCGCGAUCCUCUCCACAAUCCUCACCAGAGCCCUCGUUGCAACAAAAGUUACCCGAUGGAGAUGACCCGAGGCCGGAACCUAGCGCCAUCGAUGCCCUCACAACGUUUAGAGUGUUUGGUAUGACAGCAAGGAUACUAGUCGAUGCAGCCAGAGUAGCAUAUGGCGAAGAGCCGGAGUUUGAGCACAACAGCCAUCACGGAGACGAGGAGAUGAUAGGAAGGCUGUUGAAGAUGGGCAGACUUAGCGAGGUGAGAAAGAAAGGCGAAGUGCUGACCCGAGAGGUGCUCAGGGAAGCUAGCAAGAUGUAGAAGCUUAGGGACAACGACACAGUCUAGACGCAUUCUUGACGUACUGCCAUCAAUCGCUACUUUAGAGCUGACCAGGAAGGCAUGGUACGAAUAAUAGCCAUAUAUUGAUCUCUACAU